AUGGCUUUACUCAAUGAUAACUCGGAGAAAAGCAUCAAGUUCCUCUUCGAGAUCGUGAGCGACGUUGAUCUUAGCGUGGUUGGCCCGAGACUCGGACGACUCUCCUUACCUCAGAAACGAGAUGUUCAUACACCUGAUUUUUUUGCUGUAGGUUCUAAAGGGGUCGUUCCGCAUAUCACGUCAGAUGUUAUCUCUGCCCAUACACAAUUCAGUGGUGUUCAUAUGGCAUUGGAAGAUUUCAUAGAAAAAGCAACAACCGGUAGACCACCUGUAAUGAAUGCUCCAGGAUCUUCUCCGCUCAACGCUUUCACUUGUCUUCCAUCGGAACUAUUCACUCUCCUUGCACCUCGUCGGACACCUGCAGUGUCGUCUCCAAAUGGUAAUAGCAAUUCUGCAAUUUCAACAUUCACAUCUACUGGAUUUCAAGUUGUCUCGAAUAAGGCAUACAUCUCAUACAUCAAUACCCUUCGUCCAGAUAUUGCAGUUGCUUUUGCUGAUGUUCCUCACGGAACUCAGCCAGGCACGAAGAGGAUCGCGAAGAUGGGUGACCGAACUCAGGAGUGGCUCUCUCAGCUUCUCAAGGAGAAGACAGAGGACCAAGCAGUAUUUGCACCCAUUCUUCCCAUUGAGUUUUUGGAACAAGCAGAGUAUCUCAACUUUGUAGCAGAUGAUCUAGCAGAUGAGGUUUCCGGAUUGGCCUUUUACGAUUCCAACGUUCUUCCGGAAAUUCCAGCCACCUCCGCUGUGUCUCGACUUCCACGCCUCUCACUUGAUGAGCCCACUUCUCCACGUCAGAUUAUCAGACAAAUAUCUCUGGGAAUGGAUAUUUUUACAAUACCAUUCGUCGGCUUCGCAACCGAUGCUGGCAUUGCGUUGAGUUUUCGAUUCCCACGCCCAUUGCCAGACGAGACUGCCCCCAACGACGGUAGAAUAGUACCUCUUGGAAUAGACAUGUGGCCUGCUUCGCAUGCAACUUCUGUUAUCCCGCUUGCAACUUCAUGUACUUGCUAUACAUGCACUAAUCAUCAUCGAGCAUUUCUCCAGCAUCUACUUUCAGCCAAGGAAAUGCUCGGCUGGGUCCUGCUGCAAGUCCACAAUCACCACAUACUCUCUGAGUUCUUCUCAGCAAUUAGGGAGAGCAUAGGGAAUGGAACAUUCGAGGCAGACUGUGAUUCAUUUGAAAAGUAUUAUGAGCCCGAGCUCCCGGAAAAAAGUGGACAGGGACCAAGAGUCAGAGGCUACCACUACAAGAGCGAAGGUCCUUUCGAGGCGAAGAAAAACAAGCCUGCAUGGGGCAAUCUGCGAGUUGAUGAUGAAGUGAUCAUCGACCUCAUCUCAUCCGAGCCGGCCGAUGAACUGGAGCAGAAGGGGUUCGCAGAGAGAGUUACCACGUGA